AAUACGACAUUUAGCCAUGACGUCACGGGCCUAGCUUUGGUUUUUAUCAGAGUCUCUGGAAAGCUAGUGUUAGCAUCGCCAAGGAAGAGAGAGGCUGGACGUGACAAAAUAAUAUAAUGGGGAACAAAGAGGAAGUUGAUCGAACGCUUUUUAUUCGGAACUUGGAUGCAAGAGUGACAGAGGAGCUUUUAUUCGAACUGUUCUUGCAGGCAGGACCCUUGAUCAAAACAAAAAUCCCCAAAGAUGUGGAUGGCAAACAGAGGACUUUCGGUUUUGCCGUGUACAAACACGAAGUAUCGGUUCCUUAUGCCAUGCAGCUGCUCGACGGGACGUCUUUGUUCGGGAGAUCAAUACAUGUGCAGUUCCAAUCGGGUAGCAGCCAUAGCAAGAGUGCCGGGAACUUAAAUCAGACGACUAUCCCUAAUCCUCACGGCCUGAGGAUGCCACCCCAGUUCACCUCUCCUCCAUACACUCCUCCAGCCUUAAUGCAAAGGUCAUUUUCGUCCUCUGACAACAUGCAGAAGCAUUCCAUGAUGAACAGCAUGAUGGAUGACGACUUCUCCAAGCAGAGGCAUCCGUCCGCAGGGUGCGGCGGCAACUUCAGGCAGCAGGACGGCAACUCUUACCGGAACUUCUCGUCCCAAGCAGACGGCUGCAGAGGAAACCAGCGCUACCCGGAUGACAUGGGCCACCACCAUCAGCAGCACAGGAGCAACUACCAGCAGCAGAAUGCCUGGAGGAGCGGCAACCGUCACGGUGGCGGCAGGCAUCACGAUGACAGGGACGGUAACCGUGGUUACCAAGAUAGUAGGUGGAGACGGUACUGAUGCUGGGAAAAGCAUCUUUAAAAGACUCAUCAUUGUGUGGGCAUUUUAUAGCAUACUCUCAGGUCGCUUUCCACCUCACCUAAGAUUUAGUGUCUUAAUUUUUUUUAAAGUUUGUAUUUACAUUGUUUUUAAAUUUGUACUUAAGCAAGCCAAGAACAGAAAAAAAGACAUGGCUUGAACCUUUUUGUCUGCUUUUAUAUUAUAUAAUAUGAAAUAUGUAAACGGUGCUCAGAGCAGCUAUACAAUGUUCAGGUAAUUAGCAAAAAAAAAAUCUACCAGCACCACUUUUUUUCCCACAAACGUUCCUCUUUUUAAAAAAAAAAAAAUCUUGAUUUUUGUAUGGCCAACUGGGAAUGUUUUAACUGAUCAUCAUGAACAUAAAUGAUCUCUUGCUUUAA